AUGUUGAUCCCCUUCUUGGGGAUCUUCGUGGGCAUGACUCUCUGGAGUCAGUGGUUCCCCAUUCCGGGUUUCACUGCUCCAGAGCAGUCGUUCAUACGGCGCCUGUCUGGUACGUUCCAGCUGACGAUGGAGUCAUGGGCCUUCUGUGACCUGGUGAACGCUGCCGCCUCCCAGCGUGGUCACGCUUCCCGGCGCGGGCAUUCCGUAUGGGAGUCGCGUUCUCACGUUGGCCAUGGGUAUGCAAACUCGACGGACUUUCUGUUGGUUAGCCUUGGAACGGAUGUCAUCGUCCAGCCUAGCGUAGCCGAUGAUAUGCCGCCUUGGUUUCCAACCCCGUUCCUGGUACCCAUCCCGGUCUCGUCUUGGUCAAGUGACGGAGUGACAUCUUCUGAUCCCGAGGAAUUUGUCCACAUCCUCCUGCUUGGAUCCAAGCCCGGGCAUGGCUUCUACACCACGUUGUUGUUCUUCGGUAUUUGGUGUUUCUGGAUUCUGAAGGUUCUCGAAGGUCAACCACAGAUUGCACGUGUGCAAUUUGUGGCCGAGGACGAUUCAUCUUCCUUUGACGGGGAGAUGGAUCGUCUGAUCGCGGGCCCAACGGAAACGGACGAGGAAAUUCUUUCUUGGGUCAUGGCUGCGGACAGUUGUCCCGAAUCUGUGUCCCAUGUGUCGGUUCUCUCUCGGUCUGGAGGUAUCUGGGUCCACCGGAUCGCCAAAAGCCUGGGGGAUGACCAAGUACCGGACCCAGAAUCGGCGUGCAAUACCACCGACCUGGUGAACACUACGGAUAACGCUCGCAUGGACUUGGUCUCUCGGCACCCCUGGAACUCGACUGCUCUCUAUGCCUCCGACCAUGACGAUUCUCCGGCUCCGGCUGGGGAUCCGAUUGGCAACGGUGCGGAUGAUGAGCGUCCUGAUUCCACCCCGGCGUACUUCAGCAGGAAGAACCGUCCGUCGCAAGCAAAGAGACGUCGCGAAGGAAAGAGAGCACGACAGGAAAAGAAGGAUCUAAAGCAUUCCGAUGUUUUAGCCUCUUACGCUUCCAAUGCUUCUCUUGCGAUGUCUUCGAGCUCGACGCCUUUGUCGGCUUUGGCUCCGGUCUUCGUUCCUGGUCGUCUGGCGGAGCAGGGUGAUCUGCAGAGUGGUCCUCCUUCUCCAACUCCCUUGUUCACGAAUGUGGGCAUUGAUCCUCCUGCGGAUUGUGGUACGACCACGCCCGAUGACAACGCUCUGCCCCAGCCAUCUCGCCGCCGCCGUCGCCGUCGACAGCGUCAUGCUUAG